CUCCUCAACAAGAAAACCCUCCUGAAACGAAGCCCAACUUGAGUUUAAGAAAUUAUCUCUGAACUGAAGCAAGGAAGAUGAAAUCUGCACACCUGGUCAUUGCAGCUCUACUUUUUGCAGCCCUGUGCUCACAGACUCUCUGCAACAAUUCAAACCCACCUUCUAUAUGCUGCUUCAGAUUUCAAAAAGUACCGAUUCCCAUCAGCUUAUUAGCAAGUUAUAAGGAAACCAGUGAUCAAUGUCCUAAGUCUGGUGUUGUAUUUGUCACCAGAAGAGGUAUUCAUGUUUGCGCCAAUCCUGAAGUUAAGUGGGUUAAGAAUCAAAUGAGUCACCUUGAUGAAAUCCUUGCAACUUUUCCUGAUGACACCAAAGCCUAAGUCACCAAUUCUGGGGAUUUUGCAGUGUAGCUCAUCACUCAUACUUGUAAUAGGCCCUGACUGAAACUUUUUUCACAUCUUUCUCACGUUUUACAUUGUUCUGUAUCCCACAUUAUGAUUAGCAUGUACAAUUUUAAGACACAGAUUAAUAUACUUUUCAUUGUGCCUCAUUGGCUAUAUUUAUAAUGACUUUUGGCACCCAGAAUGUAAAGUUCUUUUUUCUAGAUUUGUGAUGUCAUCAUACGGUUAUCAUACUAUACUUUUCUAGAUGUUGGAAAUGCACGUUCCAAGUGUGGAAUGCCUGGAGAGGGUAGGCCAUUGCCUGUUUGGUCUGAUUAACAUCAUUCCAUGUGUCAAAAUGGGUCAAAUUCAAGGGCGCAUUGCAGAAUUGUCUAUUGUUUCCCAGGGUCAAGGGAAACAAUAGAAACAAUAGUGCAACAAUCAUAGCGUGCUACCUCUAUUUUAGUUGUAAAUGUAGCCAUUCCUAGGGUAAUAGGGUCCCUAUUUUAAAUUAUUCCCAGUCACUUAGCUCUGUUUUGUCCAAUUCACAACUGACAACAUACAGUAUUUAUAUAUGUGUUAUUUAUUGUUCAUGUUUGUACUAUUUUAUAUGUUAAUAUUAAAUAUAACAAAGACAUUAUAAUAUGUAUG